CGACUACGCAAUAUCCUUCCUCUCAACCAAGCUAUUAAUUCACAAGUUCGAAGCAGGCGCCACACAAAUGAAGUCGUCAAUCUCCAUCACCUCCAUCCUUGCCAUUGCGGCCUUCGUCGCUGGCACACCCGUCGACCACGGAUCUCUCGCCAAACGCGCCGCAGCCCCGCCCUUCAACACAGCCCUGACCAACUGGGUCAACAGCGAGACCACCUAUGCCAAGAACGGCGUUCUGGCCAACAUCUCACCAUCUGGUGCUUCCGCAGGUUCUGUCCAGGCUGCCCCCUCAACCUCCAACCCGGACUACCGGUACCACUGGGUGCGCGAUGCCGGAAUCACCCUGCACGAGGUUUCUGGAUGGCUGAAUGCCACAUCCGACUCGUCCGCAGCCGCUGUCUACAACAAAAAGCUGGCAGACUAUGCGACAUUCAGUCGCACAAUCCAGACAGUCUCCAGUCCGUCCGGCCUGGGAACUGCCAAAUUCUACAUGGACGGUACCGCCUACACGGGGCCCUGGUGCAACCCGCAGCGCGAUGGUGCCGCAAUGCGUGCAGUGUCGCUGAUCAGCUACGCACGGUACUUGAAGUCGCAGGGCAAGGACGUGACGCAGUACUACGACGGCAAGAGCCCGACCAGCUCGGUCAUCAAGGCUGAUCUUGAGUACGUCGCCAAUAACUGGAACGCGGAUUCCCAGGGCUGCGACAUCUGGGAGGAGGUCCGUGGCAACCACUUCUACACGCGCAUGAUCCAGCGCCGUGCCAUGAUCGAGGGCGCGCAGUUCGCCAACCAGAUGGGCGACCCCGGCGCCGCAGCAUGGUAUAAUACUCAGGCAACGGCUAUCACCAAUGGCAUGGAUGCGUUCUGGAGCGGCAGCAUCAUUCUCCCGACCAUCAACUACAACGGCGGUGUGAGCAAGCCAUCAAACAUCGACGCACAGGUGUUCCUGGCCGUCCUGCAUGCCUCUCUUGAAGAUGGAUUCUACACUGUCGAUUCGGAUCGUGUGCUGGCCACGAUUGUCCAGCACAUUGCCAAGUUCAACUCAAUGUAUGCAAUCAACACGGCCACAACGACGACCAUUGCGUCAACCAGCGUGCCGGUGGGUCCGGCGCUCGGCCGCUACCCCGAAGAUACAUACAACGGGUAUGAGUCGGGACAGCAGGGCAACCCGUGGACGCUGAUCACCUCGGGCAUGGCCGAGUGCCAUUACAGGCUGAUCUCAACAUGGAGCAAGAACGGCAAGAUCGUGGUUACCCAGGCAGUAGCCAACUUCCUGAACCAGCUCACCUCGCUGUACGGAAUCACGUUCAGCAACUCGUACAGUGUUGGGAGCACAUACGGCAGCGGGUCGGCAACAUUUAAUGAGAUAUUGGCCAACACCAUGCUGGGUGGCGACCGCUACAUGGCUCGCGUCGCCCGCCACACUGACGCGAACGGCAAGAUGUGGGAGGAGUGGAACCUGAGCACCGGCUUCGGCCAGGGCGCCCCUGACCUGACUUGGUCGUACGGAGCCCAUGUCUCUGCUGCCACAAGCCGUGCUGCUGCCUCCAAGAUCGUGUACGGCGCUUAGACAGGAAAUAUGAUAGUAUGUUAUGUUGCAAUAUAUGAACAGUACCAAGGAAU